UCUCUGCUGAGAGAACAGCCAGUUGGUUCGCUCCACAGUGUCACUUGCUGUGUGUGAGAGGCCUAGAGAGCUGAGGAGAAGGGGGUGUUUAGAUCAUUUACAGCCGCGAAGGAGAGACACUCAGAGGGGAGAGAGAGCUCGAGAGACUGACGACUGAGUGUGAGAGAGUGGGAAGCAGUCUGGAGCUCGAGAGAAGAGCUCAAGAGAAGACCAGAACCAAAGAAAGAAAGCUGUUCAACUCUAAAACCAACACACACACACAGAGAGAGAGAGAGAGAGAGAGAGAGAGAGAGAGAGAGAGAGAGAGAGAGAGAGAGAGAAGGCAGUCAAGGACUUUAUCAGAGUGGAACCAAGCAGGGGUUGAAACAGACCAACAGCAUCAGGACUAGGCUCACCCUGACUGGGGCUCGGAGGUCCCCUCCGACAACAACCACAAGCCUGGGCUGCUCUCUGAGCUGCUCUCUGAGCUGCUCUCUGAGCUGCUCUCUGAGCUGCUCUUGUUUUGUUCUGUGUGGAAAUUCCUUUGAGACGUCACUGCUAGCUGAGCUCAGCUGAACAACCACAGCCGAGAAAGACUGUUGUGGUUGCUUGUCAAACUAUAGUGUGUGUGGAGCUAGAGCGAGGAGCAUGUUUGACUGUAUAGAGGCUCUGGCCCCCCGGCCGCUCUUCGACGUGUCCACUCAGGGGGCUUGCAUGUUGGGCAAGGCCACCCCCUUCUUCCCUGGUCUGGACCCCUUUGCCUGGGCUGGGAUGGCCAGUGUUCAGUCAGUGGAGACCCAGAGCACCAGCUCUGAGGAGAUGGUGCCCAGUUCACCCUCUCCGCCCCCUCCUCCCCGCAUCUACAAGCCCUGUUUCGUGUGCCAGGACAAGUCCUCUGGCUACCACUACGGGGUCAGCUCCUGUGAGGGUUGCAAGGGAUUCUUCCGGCGCAGUAUUCAGAAGAACAUGGUGUAUACCUGCCACCGAGACAAGAACUGUCAGAUCAACAAGGUGACCCGUAAUCGCUGUCAGUACUGCCGGCUGCAAAAGUGCUUUGAGGUUGGCAUGUCCAAAGAAGCGGUGCGUAAUGACAGGAACAAGAAGAAGAAGGAUGUGAAGGAGGAGGUGGUGUUGCUGGAGAGCUACGAGCUCAGUGGAGAACUGGAGGAGCUAGUCAACAAAGUCAGCAAAGCCCACAAAGACACCUUUCCCUCACUUGUCCAGCUGGGCAAAUACACUACAAACUCCAGUGCAGACCACCGUGUACAGUUGGAUCUGGGGCUGUGGGAUAAGUUCAGUGAACUCUCCACCAAGUGCAUCAUCAAGAUAGUGGAAUUUGCCAAGCGCCUGCCAGGCUUCACCACCCUCACCAUCGCUGACCAGAUCACUCUCCUCAAAUCAGCCUGUCUGGACAUACUGAUGCUGAGGAUCUGUACUCGCUACACUCCGGAGCAGGACACAAUGACCUUCUCCGACGGGCUGACCCUGAAUCGGACCCAGAUGCACAACGCAGGCUUUGGCCCUCUCACAGAACUGGUGUUUGCCUUUGCUGGCCAGCUGCUGCCUCUGGAGAUGGACGACACAGAAACCGGUCUCCUCAGCGCCAUCUGCUUGAUCUGCGGAGACCGUAUGGACCUGGAGGAGCCCCAGAAGGUGGACAAGCUACAGGAACCCCUCCUGGAGGCCCUGAAAAUCUACGCCCGCCGCAGACGCCCCAACAAGCCCCACAUGUUCCCCCGCAUGCUGAUGAAGGUCACUGACCUCAGGGGCAUCAGCACCAAGGGUGCUGAGAGAGCCAUCACUCUGAAGAUGGAGAUCCCAGGCCCCAUGCCUCCUCUGAUCAGGGAGAUGCUGGAGAACCCAGAGGCCUUUGAGGACAGCAGCGACUCUGGGGACAGCGCCUCUGCCCCCCCUGCCAUCCAAGCCAUCAAGAAAGAGAGGGAGGAGGAGAAGAGCCUCGAGGAGGAAGAUGAGGAUGAGGAGGACGAGUGGGGGGACGAGGAGAGGGAGAGGGGGGCGGACAGUGAUGGGGAGCCCUGGGGGGAGGCUGCAGCGGCAGAAGCGGGGUCCCAGAAAGGGGCAACUGGGAGAUCCCAGUGAUAGUGACAUAGUGAUGCACUCUGACCCAUUCUCGUUACCUCCUAUUCCACCACCCUCAGACAGACCAACACUCCCUGUCCUAUCCUUACAAGCGCACCAAGUCAUCUCCCCACAUGAGCAGCCCAUCCUAUAACAAGGGUCUACUCCAAGACCUAGCACUCACCUCUGCUGUUACACCUGUUAAACUACCCCCCACACCCCUAUAUACACACACACACACACACAUACACACACACACACACACACACACAUAAUACAUUUACACAUAUACAUGCUGUAUACCCAUAAGAAUUUCCCCGUUGCUCUAGAUAGACAGUAAAGUAAAGGCUCUAUGUAGUGAACCUACUCUGUCACCCCAGGGUGAAACUGGCCCUGUCUACAGCAACAGUUUCAGGAACUGUCUACAGGAACAGUUUCAGGAACUGUCUACAGGAUCUGUCGUUCUGCCCCUGAACAAGGCAGUUAACCCACUGUUCCUAGGCCGUCAUUGUAAAUAAUAAUUUGUUCUUAACUGACUUGCCAAGUUAAAUAAAGGUUAAAUAAAUAAAUAAAAUAAAAACAGGUGGAACAUGUAGUCUGGAAGAGAAGAGAGAGAAAAACAAGCACUAAAUCUCAGAGUUGGGACAAGGGCCACGAGAGAUCACUCUGCCAACCAUAAAACUGACCAUAUGCUACUUUACAAGGUGUCUCCACACAAAGAGAAACACAGGAGAUACUAAUCUGAAUGGCAGCAGCUUGGAGUGGCGGACCAUAUGAAAUGCACUUUUCCUUAAGGGCUACUCGGAGUGCAAGAACGAUGACCAACCAAUCUCUUAUUGUGAAAACCAUUCGCCACAAAUGCCUUUUGUGAAUAGUUUUUGACAUUUUUUUUCAUGAAUGUUUUUCUAUUGUAUGAUUUUCCCCCAAAUAACAUUCAUAUUUCAACAUA